AUGAAGGGACCCCGCGCCUCCUGCGAAGGCUACCUGACGUUCCGGACGAGCCCCUACUCGCCGCCGCCCAUGAUCCGAUCCUAUAGCAUGCUCGUCGGGACAUGCUUCUACUACUACGCCUCGCAAGAAGACGCCGAGGUCAUGAUGCGGCUCAAGGGCGAAGUCGACGUCAUUGGCGCCCAGGAAUGGGACGGGAAGGGCAACAUGCACAUCUACACGAACGGCUUUAUGUUUGUGACGGCGCAGAACAAGGUCUUUUACGCGUACGCGGACACGCCGAUGGACAAGGAGAAGUGGCUGCGCGCGAUGCAAACCGCUGUCAUGACGACCGUGCCGGUGCUGAGCACGCUCGGGAGCAGCUCGCUCUCGAGCCACCACGAGCUCCUGUCGCCGUCGUCCGCGACGGAGAUUGACGUCCACGCGCGCUGCGCCGUCUGUCCACACGACGAUGUGGCCGCGGCCGCGCUCCCGAAAAUGCGCUGCGGCAACUGCGAAGACACGUUCUGCGACCGCCACUCGCUCCAGCGCCUUCCGCUGCCGCACAAGGGCUACUACUACGCAUUGCGCGUCUGCGACGAGUGCUACUACGCCCAGCUCUUUGUCAACUACCUCAAGGCGAUGAACCAGCGGCUGGCGUCGCGGACCUGCGUGUACCCCAAGCCCCUCAACGUGAACGCGCCGAUCGAGCUCAUCAUGCCGAUGGGCCCGUCGCACACGCCCGCGACAACGAUCGCGCUCGACCUCUUUAAAGAAGGGGCGAUUACGGCCGAAGAGCUCGAAGUGCUUCUCCUCGCCGACAAGCGGUACCUGGAUCAAACCACGGAGCAGCCCGAGAUCCCGCUGGACCUCAAGAUUCUCGCGCUCCAUCGCGAGUUUGCGUCCAAGUCGUUUAGCGUCUCGCGCGCAGUCGUGCUACUGCAUCAGAACCUCGAGAGCGACCCGCUGCUGUUCAAACCGAUCCUCGAGCGCCUCCUCUCGUUCUCGUACGACGCCAAGAUCAACCAGGUCGAGUUUUACUGGCCGCAAAUUGUGCACGCGUACCUCAACAUUCCCGUCUUUGAGUUUGAGAAGCUCUUUUGGAUGGACGAGCUCGUGCUCUCGAUCUGCUCGCGCUCGAUCCACCUCGCGCUGCUCCUGAUUUGGCAGCUCCGCGGCGCACUCGAAGACGCGAUGGACCCGCUUGCGACCUUGCGCACUCAGAGCACGUUUGCCCGCGUCGCGCGCCUCAUGGUCGAGAUUGAGGUCCACGUCAUUGGCUCGUCGCGCCAAGAAGUGCUGCAGCAGUCGUCGGCCAAGAAAAUUCUCCCGAUUCUGACCGAAGACCAGCUCGCGCUCGUCCACACGCUCAUGGACAACAUGGCGAUCUAUCGCCGUGACGCGACGCCGUCGACGACGCCGCUGCCCACGGAGCUCGACGCGCAGUACGCCGACUUUUCUGGCUUUCAGCAGCAUUUGCUCCAGCCCAAGGAAAAACGAUGCUGCCGCCGGCCCCGAUCCAUGGCCGAAAAGUCGGUGCUCGCAACCUUUUACGCCGAAGAGUGCGCCUUUGUGGAGCAGAUCACGGACAUUGCCGAGAAGCUGCGGUUUGUACCAAUGGCCGAGCGCAAGCCGAUGCUGGCCAAGCACCUCGAGACGUUUUCGCUGCCGCCCAACGCGUACAUCCCGCUCGUCAAAGCCACGGACCCGUUUGAGCAGGUCGUGCGUCUCCCGCCCAAAGAAGGCACUGCAUUUAGCACGAAAGCGCGCGUUCCAAUCUUGCUCAUCUUUGAGGUCGUGCGCGGGGCCAACUCGAGUCUGCAGAUCACGUCGCCGGGUAGCGCGCGUCCACUCCUGACGCCGCAAGCGUCGACGACCGCGGCGUACGAGAUCGACGAAGAGGUCCGGCACUUGAUCAACCGACAGAGCAUCGACGCGCCGACGCCCGAGACGCCGUUAACGACCGCGGCACCGACGACACCCUGCCACAUGGACCUGUCGUCCAUGCACGUCUCGGACGAGGUGAUGGCGAUGGAGCGGGAUCGGAAGAAGGACCUCGAGGCGGCGUUUGGCGAGUCGUGGCUCUCAAAGCGCGAGCGGAUACGCGCAAGCUCGCCGCACGGACACCUCCCGGGCUGGGACAUUGUGUCGAUGAUUGGCAAGAGCAACGACGACAUGCGGCAAGAAGUCUUUACGCUGCAGCUCGUCCAAAAGUUUCUCGAGAUCUUCAAGGCCGCCAACCUCCCGAUCUGGCUUAAAGUCUACCGCAUCAUUGCCACGUCGUCGUCGGCCGGUCUUGUCGAGACGCUCACGAAUGCGAUUUCGCUCGACGGCCUCAAGAAGCGCGACGGCUACGUGAGCUUACUGCAUCACUUUGAAAAGUCGUACGGCGCGGCCGAGACGUUUGCGGCGGCUCAGACCAAGUUUAUCCAGUCGAUGGCCGGCUACUCGCUCGUGAGUUACUUUCUCCAGAUCAAGGACCGGCACAACGGCAACAUCAUGCUCGACAACGAAGGCCACAUCAUCCACAUUGACUACGGCUUCCUCCUCGGUAUCGCGCCUGGCGGCAGCUUUAGCAUCGAAACCGCGCCGUUCAAGCUCACGACCGAGAUGGUCGACACGAUGGGCGGCCCUGACUCGGAGGGCUUUAAAGAGUACGUGACGCUCUGCACGCGAGGCUUUCUCGCGCUCCAGCCGCACUGCGACGAGCUCUGCGACCUCGUUGGCAUCAUGGCGCAGCACUCGCCGUACCCGUGCUUUGCCAACAAGGACGUGUCGUACGUCCUGUCUCGGUUCCGGUCGCGCUUCAAGGUGGCCAUGUCCAAGCACGACGUCGUCGCGCACAUGCUCUACUUGAUCCGCAAGAGCCACGGCAACUACAGCACGCGCCAGUACGACGCAUUCCAGCGCAUGACCAACGGCAUUUACCCCUAA